UUAAGGCUAUGUUUGGAAACUAAGAAAAGAAAGGAAAAGAAGCCAACAAAAUGUACACAGCAUCUUUCUCACAUUUAUUUAUCAGGAACAAUUUUGCGAGAAGGAUUUGGACUAUCGGUGUGGAUCAGUUUGAUUCUCCAUUCCAAAUUCCAGGCAGUGAUGAUGAAGCAUGCAAAAAAAUUACCGACGCAACGACGCGGACUGCAAAACUGUCCUGUGGCUGUUAUGAUCAUAUCCUUUGUUAUAAUCCUUGCAGUAUCAGGAUUUAUUUUAAGUAGCAAAAGAGAGCAAGUCAAUUCUUCAUUUGAUCUUUCAAAGCGGAAAUGGAAUAGAUUUCAAUCAUCAGUUCAAUUCCAACCUACUGUAGAGUUCAGGAAUGAAACAGAAGUGAUAUGGCAGAUACCUGAUUCACCCAAAGCUGUUCUGUUUCUGGCUCAUGGAUGCAAUGGUAGAGCAAUAAACUUUUGGGAUAGAUGUGUGAGUUGUCAGAAUUGCAUCGGUCUUCCUGAGGAAAGGCUUAUUGUUCUUCAUGCUCUUGCUCGGAAAUUUGCUGUCAUAACCAUUUCAAGUGCAGGGAAAUGCUGGUCACUCGGGAGAUGGCAAGAAAGAGUAAUUGUCAAAGAGAUUAUCAAACUUUGGGUUGCCAAAAACAAACUUGAAAAACUUCCUCUUGUGGCUCUGGGAGCUUCAUCUGGUGGAUAUUUUGUUUCAUUGCUGGCCACUGAUAUGAGAUUUGGUGGUAUAACAAUUAUGAUCGCACAAGCACUGUUUUAUAGAAAGGGCAUACCAGAUGACUACCCUCCUACCCUUUUUGUCCACAUGCCUAAAGAUCGUGCAAGAUUGCGGAUUAUCAAUGAAAAUUUGGUAGCUUUAAGAAAGAAAAGCAUUGAUGUUGCAGAAAUUGCUUGCAUGGAGUUCCCGUUGUACCCAAAUUUCUUGGCUGACAGAAUUCCAGGUCUUGACCAGACUGUCUCUGUAAAGUUGUUUGAGCUAUUCCGCAAAGAGGGUUUAAUUGAUCAGAAUGGGUAUAUGAAGAAAGAUGGACGUGCAACGAAAUGGAAAGAAGCUCUCAGGGAGACAGGAACCCUUUUACCAGAUAAGCCUGUGUUGGGCCACCACAUUCAGGAGGAACUGAAUCUUGCAUAUGCAUACCAUGAGAUGACUAGUUUGCAAUCUGAGCAGAUUUUUUACUGGUUUGAAUCUCACAUGAGUUGAUGAGGUGGUUGGACAUGUAAAAUUCUCCCUUGCAAAGUCUUAUUGGAGCUUAUGUUGAUAUCUGACCAUGGAAUGUGUCAUGAAUGGUUGUUGUAAAAUGAGAACAUUGGGAAAGCAUAUACUCAGCGGUUUACUAAAAGAAGGGACGCCGAUGUCUCCACCAUGGAAGGAAGACAAUAUUUGGAAUGAGAAAAUGAAAAUUGAUAUUCAUGUGCAAUUCAUUGAAGUAAAAGGUUGUCUCUAGACUCUCUAUUGCCUUGGGAGAUGCUUGGUACCAUUACUCUAAUCUGAAGGUAUGCCUUCUUUUUAUUUUCUUUUCUUUUCCUCUACCUUGGCAUUUGAUAUAGACUGGCUUGCUAUAAUAUUAGUUGUUAAGUAUUCUGUUCCCCAGAGAGGAUGUGAUUUUUCCCCCUUUUCCUUUCCCCUUUUUCAGCUGCUGAGGUUACGUCUAUUAGGUCAUGUAAACAUUGUUAAAAGUUUUGAUUUAUAACAUUUGACAUGUUUUUGCUUGUUA